CUACACUACUGUAUGAAAGUCGUGCGGUUACCUGCUUUGUUGUGGUUAUGUGAAACCUAAACAAUUAAUGUGUAAAUGUGCCUCAUUGCCCGGUUCGUGUUUUCAUUUCGGAAUGAGAAGCACAGGCUUCAGUAAAAGACAACAGUUCUCAGUGAAACGACAUUGUUCUACUUCAAGCUAUUCACGUAUACGUAACACCCAAAAGUUACAAGUAAACAGAAACCCUGAUGAUGAUUCAAUAGGAUUAAUCAACAGGAAGCUUCCGGGUGAACUGGUAUUAAGGGUUUUUUCAUUUCUCGAUGUAGUUUCUCUCUGCCGAUGUGCUCAGGUAUCAAAGUUAUGGAAUGUUUUAGCAUUGGAUGGUAGUAACUGGCAGAGAGUUGACCUAUUUGAAUUUCAACGAGAUAUCAGUGAGACUGUAAUCCAGAACUUGUCGCGGCGAUGUGGAGGAUUCCUAAAAAGAUUAGGGCUUAAGGGGUGUCAGAGUGUUGGUGAUGGAGCAUUACGAACAUUUUCCUGCGAGUGUAGAAAUAUCGAGGAAUUAAUUCUCGAAGGAUGCAAAAAGAUAUCAGAUAGUACGUGUUUCAACCUUAGUAACUAUUGUAGAAAUCUGAGAGUAUUGGAUUUGUCUUCUUGUCCUCAAAUAACAGAUAACGGUUGCAUCGCUUUAAGUCAAGGAUGCGAGAAAAUAGAACAUAUUAAUGUCUCAUGGUGUGGCCAACUUACGCAAAAUGGUGUUAGAAUUUUAUCAGAGGAAUGUUCACAUAUACAAAGUUUUAUUGCAAAAGGAUGUACUUUAAUCCAAGACGAAGGCGUUCAGCACUUAGCCAGAAAUUGUAGAAAUCUACAGACACUUAAUUUACACAGUUGCGAGUUACUAACAGAUGUGGCGAUAAAAGCUGUUGGUGAAAAUUGUUCAGAUCUUCAGUUUUUGUGUGUGUCAGGAUGCCUUCAUCUUACGGACGCUUCUUUACAGGCGCUCGGCGAAGGAUGUCCACAUCUUAGGACUAUAGAAGUAGCGCAGUGUUUGCAAUUGACUGAUGCUGGCUUUAGUAAAUUAGCGAAGGGCUGUCAUAAUUUAGAAAAAAUGGAUUUAGAGGAAUGCGUAUUGAUUACAGAUGCAACCCUCACUAAUCUUUCCACCUGGUGUUCAAAUCUUCGUCAACUGAGUUUGUCUCAUUGUGAACAAAUCAGUGACGACGGUAUUCACAGAUUAAGUGCGGGACACAAUGCUGAAGAAUACCUCGAGGUUUUGGAAUUAGACAAUUGUCCAUCGAUAACAGACACUGCGCUAUAUCAUUUGAAGGACUGUAGAUCAUUGAAAAGGAUAGAGCUUUAUGAUUGUCAGUUAAUUACUCGUGGUGGAAUCCGUAGGCUUAAGAAUCAUCUUCCAAAUUUAAGAGUCCAUGCUUAUUUCGCUCCCGUCACGCCGCCGCCGAGUGUCGGAGGAGGUCGGCGGCGUGUUUGCCGAUGCUGUACAAUAGUAUGACGUAUAUUUCAUGUAUCAUAGAUUUUACAAAAAUUUUAGCCUGUAACUUUAGGUUACUAAACUAGUCAUAUACUUUUAAUCCGCAUUGAUUUUAAUGGCGACAGACAGACUUUUGAAUUCAUGACUAUGUUUUAAUCGCGUCUGGUGGUCUCUUUAGCUCUCUGCUCAUACGAUAAGCAUGCUCAACAAUGACUUUACCAUUUAGGAUAUAUUAUUUUACCUUAUGCUAACGUAUUACAUUCUUUUAGCAUUAUUGUUGGAAAUGGAUAGAAUUUUAUUAAUAAGAGCCUUUGUUGUGGUUCAAAUACUUGUACGUCGCCUGUGGUUGUUCUGGCCCGCAAUUUCGGUUACCUGUUUAUGCUAACGACGAUUUUCAUUUGGCGUUUAACCACUGACACUCACUCUGGUCCUAUUUCUAACCAUGCAUGCAUGCGCAACGCAACCAUAAUAUUUCCGUAAGGGUAAUAUUUUCUCUUUCAAACUGUCCUAACUUCUCAUUUUUUUUCAAAACUUAUGGAGUAAAUAACGGAGAACGGAGAACAAUUAAUAAAUUAAAAAACUGUAAUAUCUUUGCCCCAAGACGGUACAGCUACAUUAAGUGCUAUAAUGUGCCGUUUAAAAUAUCCAAGUUACUUUCUCAAAAAUUGUUGGUCAAAAAUGUGUACCUGUAUUGACGAAGUUUUUGAACCACAGCAAAAAAUAUCACCAGUUGUUCGAACUUAGUUAAGACAACAGAAAGCACAAUGCUAUAAGCAUGCUAAAAUGGGUUACGGAAGUGCAUGUGUGAUUAAAAUUUUAAACUUGUAUGGAGUAUCUUUCACAAAUCAUUCGCGUAUAGUUACCGUUAAAUGUCGUGAAAUGUGUUGUCCAUGCAUGGAAUAUAGUCUACACCGAUACUAAUUUGUUCAUUACACGCCUAAAAACGAUCAGGUUGAUGCAAUACUGAUUUAUCAAUAAACAGGAUGAAUUUUACAGAUUUUUUAGCUGUGUAUCUAGCGGAAAGGGAAAAGGGAUGAGUUUUAAUUCGAUGUUUUAGUUUUUAUGUAAGAGACACGAAAUCCUCUUCUAUUAUUUUGGAACCAGAUUGUGCGAAAUUAUACAAAUUGCAUUGAUAGUAUUCUUUUUGUGGUUGUUUCCAUUCUUUCUUCUUUUCAUGUGGUUUUAUCUGGUACGUAGGGUAUUCUGUACGACUUAACGGGCCUCGAACAACUGGAAAUGCAUAGUCAUAUAGAUGUAAAUAUUUGUAGAAAGUAUGUAUGUAUAUGGUGUAUAUGGUAUAUAUGGAAUACGGUUGCGUUUUUGUUCUGUUAUACUAAUUUUCCUGAAUUUUGGCUAUAAUUUA